AAACUCCAGAUCUUGAACUUGAUGCCCUGAAGUCCAAAAUGCUGUUUUUACCUGGUGUGGACAUGUCAGUCACUCCUCAGCCAGCAUGUUAUUCAGUGAGGUCGACCAUCGGCAGAAACACACUGUAUCAUAACAUCUGUGAACUCUCUCAGACUGCAGAUCCUGGAACACACCCACCAUCACCUCCUUAUGAAUAAUCGUAAACAAACAUCUUGAUAUUAAAUUGCUGGUUCCUGGAGAUGACAGUAAAUGUGAGAAUGUGACAUGUGUCUUGUGAACGAGGACAGGUGCUGCAUCUUGCAACACCCUGAAAAAAUGCUAUAUAAGUAGUGAUGAUCCAGCUAUCCCAAUCAUAGUCAGACUGACCGAGGCAGAAUGAUCAGCUCUCUGUAUUUCUUGGCUCUGGUGAGCUCUACGCUGGCCUGGGGGGUAUGUAUGACACGACUCAGAUCAAUCCAUUCAUCUUCAGUCUUUGAAGCUCGACCCUAACAAGAGGUCUGCCCACUUCGGUUCAUCCGACUCUUUCUCGCAGCGUGUCGGCUUCCAGAGGGAGGACGGCAGCAGGACUGCAGCAGGAAAUGGACACCAGUGCUCCUGUGAUGCCUUCCUGCCCGGCUCAACAUUUCCCACUGCUGAUUUGGUGAUGGUCGAGCAGAAGGCGGUGGAGAUCUCACACAGUCUGGACCUGGAGAUGGGAAAAAUGGAGAACUACCAAGUCAAGGUGACAGAAUAUGCAGAAAAGAUUGCAGAACUGACAGCAACAAUUGAGAGUUUGGAGAAAAGCCGUGGUGACCACAAUGAAGCUGAGCUGGAAGAGGUGAAGGUGGAGAUCAAACUGGUGGAGGCGCUGAUCAAUGAGCUGCUGCUCUCCAUGAAAAGCUCCACGGCUGUCUUUGACUCCCUGCAUCAACAGACCACAGUGGCGGUGGAAACUCUGGACAGGCUGGAGGAGACCUAUGAUAAAAACCGGGUUUUGGCGGCCCGUCGAGAUUACAUCGAGGUGGCGCUGCAGCUGGCAGAGUGUGAGGAUCGAUACCAGGAAAUUUUCCACCCCGACAUCGGCUCGUGUGAACACGGCGGCAUCAUCAAGGUCAGCAAGCCCAUCGUGAGCCAGCUUAAUGCCCAACUGAGUUCUUCCUACAUAUACGGCGGCUGGGGGAAAGAUUCAAAGCCUCUUGCCGGCAGGGAGUCCAUGUACUGGUUCGCUGGCUCUAGUUCUACUUCAGUUUCUGGCAUUAAGCUUUACAGCGACUACAAGAACCUCAUUUUGAGAAAGUACUUCUUAGACCAAUGGUUAAACUACUAUGCUUCAGGGAACAAUUAUGUCGUCCGUGAUAAUACCAUGUACUAUGAGACCAGCAGUUUUUUUGGUGUGGUCAAGUUGAAUUUCACGAGCAUGAUAUAUGAGACCAAGGUGAUUCCAGGGGCGGGGCCAAUCUCCUACUCUCUUUAUCCCAAUCAGUACUUUGACUUUGCAGCUGAUGAGAGCGGUCUGUGGUUGAUCUAUGCCACAGAGGAGUCCAAAGGAAUGUUGUUUGUUGCCAAGAUAAAUGAGGAGUCUUUUGAGGUCGAGGAGCAAAUACAGACAAGUGUUUACAAGCCCAGUGCGAGCAAUGCCUUCGUGGUGUGUGGAGUUCUGUAUGUAGUCAGAACUGUUGAUAUUACUACUGAAGAGAUCUUCUAUACAUUUGACCUCAAAACCAAACAGGAGAGCUACAUCAGUAUUCCCUUUGAGAGGUUCCUGGACAAGUACUCCAGCCUGGACUAUAAUCCCACUGACCAGAAGCUCUACAUGUACAGUGAGGGCUACUAUGUCAACUACCAGGUGUGGUUCGGCAAUAACACUGCUGAAGCCACUGUGUAG